CCAAGUUGGGCGCAGGGGUCCGGUGCUGGGAGCUAUGAAAAGCCGCGACUUUAUUUGGCAGCGAUAACACGCAGCGUGUCCGGGAUUGGAGAUUCCUCUGUCAUUUCAGAUCUUUCCCUUUCACUCCUGGGGCGAGGGCCACACGACAGGGGAAAAAAAAACGUGACCCUUGUGUGGGGAAACUUUCCAGUUUCCACUUUCCAUGAGACGCAGUCAGGAAGCGUGGAGACCGUCGCUCCGGACAGCGGGAUCACACUGGUGUUUUCACGGCUAAAUUUGCAUCAUGGGAGGAGAGCUCCUUAUAUAGAAUUGAAAGUACACACUAAAAAUAGUGUAGAACUACGCCAAGUCUGCGUCGUAUUUUAUUCAGAAGCGAAGGAUAUCAUAUUGAAAACACAAAACGAUCCAGUCCCAAAUAAAUAAGGAUGUGUGGGGAGUGGGGGGAUAGAGAACUGGCUGCCUUAGGAAGAACAAUGUUGAUGCUACGCCGCGCUCCCAAUCUCUCGCCUGGUUUGCACGUUUGAGGAUUAAGGGACAAGCUCACGCUGGAUAUUUCUACCCUUAAAGGAUGCUCGCCUCUCGCUCCUGUCCUACCGAAUGCACAGAGAGGACUAACGUACUUUCUUACUGUUAGCGCUAACUGCCCGAGAGCCAGUCUGUAAUCCUCCCAGGAGGCGAUGCUUUCCUGCCCAGUGUAGGUACAUGGGGCUCAGCCUGCUUCUGGAUCUCCUCGCUCUCUAGACCGUCCGUGUAAAUAUAGGUUAUCAUCAGAAACGAUCGGCGACGCUGUCCGCGCAUCAGCUCAUGGUUUUCUGACCUGUUCCUGCCGGUGCAUUUUUUUUUGUUCUGGCACCCGACAGAGAUGAGCCAAGAGCAGUGCCCUCACAGGAAUGACGUGCAGAGCUCCGAGAAACCGCGCUUGUACAAGGUGGGCAUCUACGGCUGGCGGAAGCGAUGCCUCUACUUUUUCGUCCUGCUCCUGAUGAUCCUUAUCCUGGUCAACCUUGCCUUGACCAUCUGGAUCCUGAAGGUCAUGAAUUUCACCAUAGAUGGCAUGGGCAACUUGCGCAUCACGGAGAACGGUCUGAAGCUCGAGGGAGACUCUGAAUUUCUCCAGCCCCUGUAUGCCAAAGAAAUCCAGUCCAGACCAGGAAGCCCUUUGCUACUCCAGUCCUCAAGAAACAUAACCAUUAACGUCCUCGAUGGCAAGAAUCGCAUGACCAGUCAACUAGUUGCAGGUUCCGCUGGAGUGCAGGCGCACGGCAAGAUGUUUGAGGUGAAAUCCACCGCGGGAAAGCUGCUGUUUUCUGCUGACGAUCAGGAAGUUGUGGUUGGUGCUGAGAAGCUGAGAGUUCUAGGCGCAGAGGGAGCAGUGUUCAGUAACUCCGUGGAAACCCCACACGUCAGGGCAGAGCCCUUUAAGGAGCUGCGGCUGGAGUCCCCCACGCGGUCCCUGUUGAUGGAGGCUCCGAAGGGGGUGCAGAUCCUGGCAGAGGCGGGAGACAUCCAGGCCACCUGCAGGAGCGAGCUGCGUCUGGAGUCGAAGGAUGGGGAGAUCACGCUGGACGCCAAAAAGAUCAAACUGCCCAGGCUGCCCGAGGGCAAAGCCUCGCCCAUGGCCACCAGGCAGACGGUGUACGAGGUGUGUCUCUGCCCGAGCGGGAAGCUCUUCCUAUCCCAGGCUGGGACGGGCUCUACCUGCCAUAUCAGCAACAACGUUUGCCUCUAAGGACACGUGUGCAGACGAGAUGCCCCCCCCCCCCCCCAACUGCAAAUCAGAGGGGUCAGGGUACACCGGCGAUCCAGAGAGACUCUCCCCGUAACCUUUCUAUCCAAUGAUCUGAGAACAGUUUCAGUACCAGAACAGCUAGGGUGAUCACUGCAUAGCUAAAUCUGACCCCCACCCCCACCCCCAUUUCUCCCCCAACUCUUCAGUUCGUCCCCUUAAAGUCUCAUUUCCUUGGACUAAUUUUUCCCAUCCUUGACCUACAGCAGGGAGCAUAGGGCAAGUUGCAUCCUUUGUCAAACCUUAGGGGGCGUUUUAUCCCCCCCGAUGUAGGGCCAUUUUAUGUCAUUUGGGUUUCUAGGUAGCUGUGGGGCAGCUCUACCAUAUUCUGAGUUUUCUGGGCCAGUAGCACUGGUUGGCGUUAUUGAUUUUCCUCGGGAGGGGCGUGGCUGUCACCAGCUCGACGAUCACAAAGUGCCGACAGAGGCCCAGGUUGAGGAAAUCCCCAUGUGUUAGAAGGACGUGCCAAUCCAACAUCCUCUGUCCCUUCCCAAAACGUCGAUCAGAUGCUUUACCACCCCGCAAAUGUACAUUGUAUCGCAGUCAUAACCAAAACUGUAGGAGCCAUCUUGGGUGGUCACCCAAGCGAAUGCUCGUACUGGAACAGAAGCAGAUUUGGCCCGCUCUGUUCAAAGAGAAACACUGAGUCUGUGCCUUAUUUCAAUGCAAGGAGAAGCACAUCACUGACCGCUGUCAGGAAGUCUCUUCAUUUCUGUUCCUGUCUUUUAUUUUUCCCUCAUUAAAAUGUGCUAAGUAACAGGAAUGCUGAGGUCUCGAUCCCCAACUGUGUGCAUCGCUGUUGUGAAGGUCUUACAAAACAUUAAGCAUGGAAAUACAAAUAAUGAUGAUAAUUUUCUGGUUGGUAUCGGAAGUGGAAUUAUGCAUUCAAGCAGUGGGAACUAGUCCACAGGGGUACACGAGGUCGCACGUCCGAGUAAAUUCGAAAUAACUCAUUGUUAAGAUUUUACUGCCAUUCGUAAACACUUGUUCUCUCUUCAUUGGAAAAAUUCAGUAUUGUAAUAUCAUGACCGUAUUAUCUUCUUACCUCCUCGAUUUUCUUUAGCCACCAGCCACUGCUGCUUUCAGCGAAACUGAGCAUCUAACAUGGUCUUGCAUAAGUAAAUAAGGGUUUAUAUAUUGCUCGGUGUGCUAGAGCGUUGGGAAUAUGGUGUUAUUAGUAUUUAGCGUACCGCUGCUAGUCUUUGGUCCUUUGGGGCACCAAACGGGCUCCCAAACACGGUUUCACAUCAGCUGAGGUCGAGUCUCUUUGCAUUCCUGUCACGUAUCGUGUGGAAUAUUUACAACUAAGAGCUUGCGCAUUAUCCUUUAUCCUCUGUUUCUUUUUUACGCUGAAGUUCAGUCAUCGACAGAGACAUAAACCAAAAACUGGAGGGGACCUACGCUAACGGCAUAGCAGAUUUUAGACGACAGGCAUCCACCAUCACAACGUUGCCCCCGAUGGAGGGGAGGACCUUAUUUACUGCAGUGUGACGGGAUCCGUAGCACACAUUUGAUACGAGCGUAUCUGAACGGUAUCGAGUCACUAUGGCUUGAAGAUUCCGGGGGACUGUGUCACUCUCCCUCUUCUGGACAGAAUUCCAGCCGUCCUACAUAUAUCUGCGGACCUGCUUAAUUAACCCAGCCUCACACCAUCCUCGUAUUAAAUACCAUCUCUCAUUUUUUCCUAUUUCAGUACAUCUCAUUGUCAUUUAGAUUAAUUAUGGUCAUGGGGGGGUGAAUGGGAAUCACAGUGUUGAGGGCAAACCGAAUGACAGAUUUUAGUCAUCGGUACUGUGCUCCAUAGGGUUCCAUGGGCCCAUUUUUGCUGUGUUACAGUGAAGUAGGGCUUCCCUGAGGACUUCGCAGUCACCAGUAUCCGUUACUCCCAGGGGUUUUUACAGACGGAAAUUGGUUUAUUUUAACUCUCUGUGUCCACUGGUUCUAUCCUCCAUGCUUCUUUACGCUAAGCCAACUGCUUCUGUUAUUAUUAUUAUUAUAUUAUUAUUAGUAGUAGUAGUAUUAAAAACUAUAACAAAAAAAUCUGACAAAGCACAAGAGCGUGUGCCAGUAUGGACAGCGGUUAUCCAUUAACAAUGAAUUAUUCAGACAAAUUAAGUUGCACAAAGUAACCCUAAAGCUUUGUUAUAUCUGCGAUGGCUGUCCAAGGGAUGAGGUAACAGGCGUAAAUUAGCUCAAGAAAACAGUGUUGUUGAGAAGUCCCAUUACUUGGGAUUUGCUAACUGCUCAUUUAAUAAUUCUGAUAGGAAAUCCUCCAAAAGGAUUAAAUAUUUACACUUAUUUAUUUACCAGAUUACCAGAUACUUUUAUUAAUGGGAAUUUGCUAAGUGUUCCUAUAAUACCUCUGAUAUUGUUGCCAGGCACCCCCCCUUAAGGAUUAAAUACAUUUACAUAUAUAUUUAUUUAUUCGCAAAGCAUAGUUAUUACUGGGGAUUUGCUCAGAGUUCCAGUAAUGCCUCUGAAAUUGUCCCCAUAUGGAUUAAGUAUUUGCAUUUCCAUUAAUAUUUAUUUAUUAGCUAUAUACUAUUUUCCAAAGUAGCUUAGCAAGGCGCCGUGAUAAGAGGGACUUUGUGCGUUGCGAGCCGGUGGCAACCUUAAAAAAAAACUUUUUCUCCCACCAGUCUUCCUUUCUUCCUUCUCUUUUUGUUUUAAUAACGUGAAGCGACGAAAGCUUCUGCGGAGAGUCGGCCAUACCCAGCCUCCAUCGGGGGUUGGAACGUGGAACGUCCGCAGCGGAUUUCUGGGGGAAGCGGAGUGGUCACAUGAUCAGCACCUAGGCUGGCAGGCCCCUGGGGUGGCGUCAAAUUAAGAGCCCUCGGACCCAUGUCCCACAGGCCUUGCUGUCCUUAUGGCAUGCAAAGUCCACUCAAGGACGGCCUUGGUGACGGAGGCUGCCAGGCGCUAUUUAUAGUAACGUCACGUUCGCCACAAGAACGUGAAACUUUCAUACGAAUUUAACUCAACAGUGACAGAAGUGGCCCAACUCACUAAAACAUUUAUCGCGCAUCUAUCCACAUAUCUGCAGUCGUUUUCAUUUUCAACAUCACCCUUUCUGACACAGUUAGCCGGACGCGUCAAACGAUGGUUUAGCUACUACAUUCAAACAUCACCAGUUUAAUUUUAAGUUGUGGCAUCACAUAAACGCAUUUUAAAUUUAACAAUGCUGUUACUGCAAGCCACACACCCCUCCAGUGAAAAGAAACUGUACAACUGAACUAAUUCAGACCUAUCUGUGUGAGACCUUAUAUUUAUGAGUCAUUUAAUUAUUUUUCUUCAUCUUACGCUGUAAUCUCCAAACUCUGUGGGAAAUGUGUGAAUAAAGCAGCAUGACUGGUUUCCUUGAAUUAAUUUUCGUGCGUGCGGAUGACUCACCGGAUGCGUUCGUUUCGCGGCUCUCGGCUUCGCAAAAAUGUGUUACUCGACGUGUCGACUCGUAGGCACUCGUACUCUAACGAAGUGGCACGAAACGUAAGCGAUACAGACAUGUACAUAAGAAGAGACACGGUGCGAUCCAGGGCACCGGCGACCUUGGGUACGAAUUUGCAUGCUCGUUCUCCCGUGUGUCCAAUAGAAAUGUAAAUAUAACGAACACGUCCAGGUGCCAUACCACAUCCGUGACACACGUCCUCUGGUGUUUGAAAGAGAUCCUGUCCCCCCCCCCCCCCCCCCCCCCCAUUUCCUUAAUUUCCCACCGUGUUCUGUGUCCAAGGAAGCAAAGCUGUUGCUGUCAAAGCCUCUCUAGGAAGAUCUCUUCCUUCCUUCAGAAGAUCACUUCCACACUGAAAUAAGUGCUUUAACACAUUUUUGGGAGGCUGAGAAGUCGUCGAUUUUUUCUGUGUUUUCCGUCUACUUAAAACUGUUCAUGUUUGUCGUUGUAUGAGUUGAGAUCCUCGCACAUUCUAUGCAAAAUCAAACGCGGAUUUAGAGAGCAUUGUAGUACUGCGACAAUGUCAGCAACUAUCUCAAAUCUAUGAUACUUUCAGUAUAAAGUUUGUAUUUAUGAAUUGAGUUGCAAUCUUGUAAAACUAUUAAUAAAAGUAUUUUAAAAAUGA